GACGUUUCCAUGGAGUACCCGGAUGUCGCCGAUUCUGCGGCGCGGAAAUGCUCAGGAUUUGUGUUGUGUGAAAGGCGGCUGAUUUCGAAACAGGAUGGCGUCUAGGAGGGUAACGACAGUCCACAAACUGCAGAAACCCAUUCUCGCGGAAUCAAAUAAUUCAAAGGAUGGAAGUCAGAACAACAGUGGCAGCAUUGGUGAAGAAAAAAAGAAGAAAAAACCUGCCGGUAGGAUAGUUAAGUCGCGCUAUCAGCAACCAGUCGAAAAGAAGACACUCUUAAAGACGUCGGCCACCGAAUCGAGUGCAUCCGCGAAGCCCGCGUCUCCUAAACCCGACAGCGCGCGGAAACCGUCCGUCAGCACUCCCCCCAGACGCUCUCUCGCGUGUCAGUCACUUCUCAACCCUCUAGCCUCGAACUCCAGUAUUUUGGAGCCUUCGAUCCUGGGGGGAAAUGUCCUGCAGUCGACGGUGUUGGACGGCCACUGUGUCCGACCGGAGCUUGAUGUCUCGGUAAUAGGCAAAGAGAAGAGUCAGUCCCAGAACACGCCGGAAGCAGGAAACGAGAAGGAGAACUUCGAGAAUCAGACCUUCUUGUUGGCGUACCUCACAGCCAAGAUGGAGAGUAACACCCGCAAGCUGAGGACGGAGGCGGAGUGGAGCUUGCUGGCGGUGAUGGAGGAAGAGGAGAGGCUGAGGAAGAGCGUGCACGAAAAGAGGCGACAGCACCUCCUGCUGGAGAAACACAAGCAGCUCAGCGAGCUGCUGGACUUGCAGAGUGCCGCCCUGGUCCCUGUGUCUGCGGCCGCCAGGCAGUUCACCGAGGAGUACCAGACCUUCGCCACGGCGCUGGACGCCACCCGCCAUGAGCUGCCCGUCAAGAACUUCCACAUCCCAGGAGACCGGCGUGACUUCCUGGGGCGGGCGGAGGCGUGUCUGCAGGAGAGUGAGGCCCUGCUGCAGGGCUGGGGGCUCGGAGCUCAGCCAGAGAGCCAGCGGACCCUGGAGCUGCUGCAGGACGUGGGGAGAGACGCGCAGGAGCUGGGGGAGCAGCUGUCCCAGGACUUCUCGGCGGUGCUGGAGUGGGCGUCUCUGGUCAGCAGGCAGGCGGUGCAGAUACAGCAGUCCCUGGAGGAGGGCCGAAUGGGGACGUCCGUCACACAGACCCUGUACCUCCCCAAGCCUUGAUCCAGCCCCCCUGUACCUCCCCAAGCCUUGAUCCAGCCCCUGGUCCAGCCCCCCCUGUACCUCCCCAAGCCUUGAUCCAGCCCCCGAUCCAGCCCCCCCUGUACCUCCCCAAGCCUCGAUCCAGCCCCCGGUCCAGCCACCCCCUCUCCCACUCCACUAAACUGUACAUAUUUUGCUUAAUUUGCUGAACAUGACUAUAGCAAAUGGAUAGAAUUUCAUAAUAAAUGUAACUUAGGCAUAUGGUUGUCUGCUAUCAUUUUAAUCUGUACGUCUUUAGUCUGUUGUCUGUUAUUUUUUUAUCUGUACUUUCCUUUGUAAAUUAAAGGCUAAGUGUUGAUAAUACUUGAAAAUGUCAAA